AUUUGUAUUAUUUUGUAGGAACUGCAAGGAUGGGGCCAGGGAUCAAAGAUUCCCACUCCCACAGGGGCAGAGAAAGAAGUCUGAGCUAUAGUCCAGACCGUAGAUCCAGUAAGAAGUCAAGACGGGAGGAAUCAAGGUAUCGCCGAAGUAGAUCUCGUUCUCGAAGCCGGUCAAGGUCAGAAUCAAGGGAUAGGUAUAAAUCUAGUAGGCCUAGGAACAGAUCUAGGUCCAGGUCCAGAGAAAGGAGGCGCAGCAGGGACAGGAGAAGGUCUUAUUCCUCAGAAAGUGAUAGGUCGGACAGUCGAAGCAGUUCUCGGGAAUCAAGAUCACCAUCGAGGGAGAGGUACAGGAGAGAUAGCCCUGGAGAGUACUCUGGCAGAAACCGAUCCCCACCCCAAAGGACAGGAGAUGAUCAUAGCAGAGACAGAAGAGACUCAAGCAGGGGUGGAGGUAGACGAAAGCCAUCUAGAUUUGGCUUAGGUUUUAAUAGAGAACAGUUUGAAAAAGACCUCAAUUCAAAGAUUGCAAAGUACAAGGAAGACAUCAAGCAGAAUGGAGAUCAAAGUGAUCGGAGGGCGAAUCAGAAUGGACACAAACGCAGACAUGAUGAGAACACUGAUCAGCUUAAUCUUUUCUUUGAGAGGAGAGCGCAAGAACGGGAGAAGAUAUCAGGCAUUGGAGUGCUUGAGGUCUGGAGUGCUUCACCAGAAAAACCAGAAGAAGAUUCUGAUGCUGGCGCAGAAGAAGAAGAAGUUGAAGAGGAAGGUUCAGAGAGCAGUGCAAGUGGGACUGAUAGUGAAGAGGAGAGAAGAAGAAGGAGAAAGGAGAGAAAAAGGAAGAGGAGAGCGAAGGAAAAGAAGAAGAAAAAGUCUAAGAAGAGUAAGAAGUCUCAUAAGAAGAAGAAAGUGAGUAGCGAUGACGACGACUCGGAUUCAGAUGAUUCUGUAGAAGCAGAAGACGAAGAGGAGCAGUGGGUUGAAAUUUCUAAAAAGAGACAAGGUGAUAAUGAGAUGAUAGGUCCUAUGCCAGCUAACACAGGCAUGUCAUCAUCUGGAUAUAUGGAUUUUGGUAAGGCUCUGCUGCCCGGUGAAGGUGCUGCUAUGGCUGCGUUUGUCCAGGAUGGCAAGAGGAUUCCUCGUCGUGGUGAGAUCGGUCUUACAAGUAAUGAAAUCUCAAGCUUUGAGGAUGUUGGCUACGUCAUGAGCGGUAGCAGACAUCGACGUAUGGAAGCUGUCCGUCUGAGGAAGGAAAACCAGAUCUACAGUGCGGACGAGAAGAGGGCGCUCCAAUCAUUCAACAAGGAGGAGCGUGGGAAGAGGGAGACCAAGAUCCUCUCGGACUUCAGGGAGAUGGUGCACAAGAAGACUAGGAGCAAGCCGAUGUAGAGAUGUGGAAUAGGACAGUCAAUAGGGCUGCAUUUAACCAGAACAUUGGAAGUGCCAUACUUAAUUCACUCUCGUACAAUUGGGCAUCAAUGCAUACAUGCCGCUUCAUACCCAGGAGGCACAAUGGAAACGUAGAAUUGGAUUGAUAACUACACUAUACUUGGGAAAUGAAUGAAAUUUCUCUAACAGUAUCUUCAAUGCCAGUAUCCUGUAUCUAGGUAUUAUUCUAUAUUUGCCACUUCAUACCCAUGAGAUAUAACUUGGCAUCAAGGAUGCUGACAAGUGUAGGUGUCUGUGUGUUGCCAUAUUGCCAUGGUCAAAAUGAUUUCUCAUAGGGUUUGAAUGAAUUGUGCUUGACUCCAUUUUUAAGCACUGAUCUCUUACGGAUAGGCACUAUUGUAUAGUUGCCACUUCAUACCCAGGAGAUGUAAAUUGAGAUAUAUGAUGCUGACAACAAUGUUGGAUACCUUAUGUUGCCAUGUUGCCAUAAUCAAGAUGUUUUCUUUAAGGUGUAAAUGAACUUUGUUUGACUCCAUCUUUAACACUGAUCUCUCAUUACUAGGCAUUAUGUCAUAGUUGCCUGGUCAUACCCAGGAGAUGUGAAUGGGGACGUAGAAUGUUGACGACAAUGUAGGCUACAGUAUGUUGUCAUACUGCCAUAGUCAGGAUGAUUUCUCAUUAAGGUUUGAAAUUAGUAACUUUAUUUGACUCCAUCUUUAGCACAGAUCUCUUAUGACUAGGCAUUAUGAUAUAGUUGCCACUUUAUAUCCAGGAUAUCAAAUGAAGACCUAGGAUGCUGAUAUCGAUGUGCUGAGUGUUGCCACUUUGACCAGAACCGGCAGUAAAGAAGUGUUGGCGCUAACAGAACACUUACAGUAGGCCUAGUCACAUAUUUUGGAUUGUGAUUUCAAACGUUGAUGUAAGAUGUGAAUAAUGCAUUGUUGUGACAUCGGGGGCCCGUUUCAUAAUGGACUUACAACUUUGCCAUUUUGGCAACUACCAUGGUAACAGGGCUCAGCAGCCAAUCAUAAUCAAGGUUUCCAUGGCAAACUUACCAUAGUUUUAACGCUUUAUGAAACAGGCCCCGGGCAUUGCUGCAACAUUAGGGGUUGUAACAGGGAAUGUAUUAAUGCAUUCUUAGUGCUAACAACAUAUCUGUGCGGCCGGUACAGGGAGAUAUCAUAUCAAACUCAAAGAUUAGAAUAUUUGCCUCAUUUCAUAAAGCUUAGUGGCAUGUUAUCAAGCAAUUUGUGUAGACUACUGAAAUCCUGCAAUUUGAUUGACCGAGAGCAAAUUUAUUAUACAUUUCUCGCAUUUGUCAUUGAUAUCAAGUUUAAUGAAACAGGAAUCUGUCGGGUUAUGAUAAGCAUUAAGCAAAAAGUGACUUGUAUAAACAGUAUCCUCAAAGUUGUUUUUAUUACAAUGUCAAUAAAAUUAAGUUAUAUUUCUUGUACAUGAUUAUAUGCCUCGCUUGACCAGCUUUUUAUAAGGCUGGUGUGAUUUUGGAUAUACAUGUUAUACUAUACUUCAAAUUUGUACUUAGUCUAAUGUCCAGAUAGUCUAAUCUCCACUUCUUAUUAUUUGUCACUUUAGGCGGUGCUGCACCAUCCCGAGUUUGCUCAAUCUCGAGAUUUUAGCCCGAUCGGCCCUCUUCGCGAUUAAUCUCGAGAUUCAAGAAACCCUGUCUCCAUCAUCGCAAGAAGAACGAUCCCUGCUCAAGCGAGGCAUCGAUGCAUUAUGGUCUAACGCCGUGAAUAAAUAAUCCCGAGUGCGUCUGCACCUACGAAUUAGCGCGAUAAUUCGUAAAAUAGCGCGCUAUUUUGCAAAUGAUCCCAAGUUGACUUGGGAUUGCAAUCUCGAGAUUAAUCCUACGAACUAGCGCGAUAAUUGCGUCUCCAUUGCAAAUAAUCUCGAGAUUGUUCAGAUUGGGAUAAUUUGUCGGAUCAGAAAUAGCGCGCUAAUUUGAAAACUCGGGAUGGUGCAGACGGCCCUACAGUCAAAUGAAAAUUAUGCUCAUCAAAAGUUAAUCUAAUAUUACAGAUUAAGUUUGGAUAUGAGAUAAAAUGGGUAUAACCAAACUGGAAAUUGGAUAAAAAUAGUAUGUGAAGUGGGCUAAAUGACAAUUGGACCUAAUGGUCUAGACCAAAAGGUGUUAUGUAGAUGAAAUGGUUGGAUACAGACUAGGAUUAGACCAUGUGGAAGGAGAACAAAUGGAAAGUUGACGAAAUGGGUGUUGACCAAGUGUAGAGACGGUGAUUUUCUGUGUCAAAUAUGUUCUUUUCCAUUUCAGAGAACCAGUAAUUCUGUUCCAUUUAAAUGGAAAUUCUUUUUUGUCAUAUAACAUGUACUAGUGUAUAAAAAAAGACAUUAAUUUUAAUUUGCAAAGGAAUUAGAAUGAAUUUUCACACGAAAUGUAAAGAACCAAAAUAGAUCCAUUUUGGUUUGCCGGUAAAUAGAAAAUCAUUGUCCCUACAAGUGGAAAUGUUUUCUUACUUGAUGAAAAAUCAGAUGAUCUUGUUCGUGAACACUGACCAGUAUAUCUCUAUAUUUAUUAUGAAGAAUUGCUUAAAUUUGUAAACUUUUGUAAACAAACGAGGAGACUGAUGACCUCAUCCACUCACUAUUUCUUUUGUAUUUCAUUGUAUGAAAUAUGUGAUAUUCUAGUUUUCUCCUGAUUGUCAAGUGAAACAAUGAUUUAUUCCCCCCUAAACAUGUGGAAUGAGCAUUGUUUAAUACUAUAUGAUUCAGUCAAGUCGGUCCUUAUUGUCAAAUCUGUAAAAAAUGAAAUAUUAUAUUAUUCAAACAAUAAAAAACAAAAGAAAUAGUGAGAGAGGGACAUCAUCGACUGUCUCAUUUGCAUGUCACCGAGUUGUGCAUAUCAAUGUUUUGUGAAAAUUAAGCGAAACUUUAAAAUGUCAUAACUUUCUUAUUUUACAUGCUAUUUUGAUGAAAUUUUCACUGUUAUGCUAGUAUGAUUUUUCUAUAUUUAUUCAAAUCAACAUUUUUCUGCGGUGGACUUUACCUUUAAAUCAUUUAAUUGACCUUUAAAUUAUUUAAUAGAAGAGUGUACUAAAAGGGCAUGUACACAAAGACCCACCACCAAGAAAGACUGCUUCCCCCCUUAUCUAAGAGGUAUAUGAAGGGUAAAGAUCCAUUUUUAAAGACUAUAACUGUAUAUAUAUAUUUCCUUUUUUGUCUGUAAAUGAAUUAUAAAAAAUAACAACUGAAA